GUCAACAAGCACCAACAUCCCGCCGCUGAUCGUCCGCCUCGCUCGGUCACAGUAAAAACCUCCAGAAAGCGAAGCGCUGUGCGACAUUAACCCCCCAGCUCACCGCCUCCCCCCCGCUGCCUGCCGGCGGCCCGGGACUCCCCGGUGUUUAGCCGUAGCCCGGGAGGCGGCUAAGCCCUGCCGAGGGUGUUAACUUUCCAGCCGGACCCAGGCUCUUAGUGUCCGGUUCGCGGCCCCCGGCCGGCCGCUGGGGCUCCGGAGGAGCGGCUGGAGGUAUGGCUGCGCUGGCGGGGUCCGUGCCCAGGAUGAUGCGACCCACGCUGGCUCAGAACUACCCCCGCAGCGGCUUCCCUCUGGAAGUUUCCACCCCGCUGGGUCAGGGCCGGGUCAACCAGCUCGGAGGAGUUUUCAUCAACGGCAGGCCUUUGCCCAACCACAUCCGACACAAGAUCGUGGAGAUGGCCCACCACGGCAUCCGUCCCUGCGUCAUCUCCAGGCAGCUGCGGGUCUCCCACGGCUGCGUGUCCAAAAUCCUGUGCCGCUACCAGGAGACGGGCUCCAUCAGACCCGGGGCGAUCGGAGGCAGCAAGCCGAAGGGACCAUCGCCGGACGUGGAGAGGAGGAUAGAGGAAUACAAGCGGGAAAACCCGGGUAUGUUUAGCUGGGAGAUUCGGGAUAAAUUACUGAAGGAUGGAAUAUGUGACCGAAACAACGUUCCUUCAGUGAGCUCCAUCAGCCGCAUCAUGAGGACUAAGUUUGGGGGGAAAGGUGAGGAAGAGGAGGAGGAAGAGGAGAUGGAGAAGAAGGAGCUGGAGGAGAGCGAGCCAAGGGCCAAACACAGCAUCGAAGGCAUCUUAGGAGACAGAUCGAGUCACUCGGAUGACGGUUCGGACGUGGAGUCGGAGCCCGAUCUGCCCCUGAAGAGGAAACAGCGGCGCAGUCGGACCACCUUCACAGCCGAGCAGCUGGAGGAGCUGGAGAGGGCCUUUGAAAGGACCCACUACCCGGACAUCUACACCAGGGAGGAGCUGGCUCAGAGGGCCAAGCUCACCGAAGCCAGGGUGCAGGUGUGGUUCAGCAACAGGAGAGCGAGGUGGAGGAAGCAAGCUGGAGCCAAUCAACUGAUGGCGUUUAAUCACCUGAUCCCAGGCGGAUUCCCCCCCACGGCCAUGUCCAGCAUCCCGCCGUACCAGCUCUCUGACAGCGCCUACUCCCCGUCCUCCAUAGCACAAGUGUCGGAGCCGCCGAGCACGCUGCACCGCCCCCAGCCUCUGCCUCCGUCCUCAGGCCAUCAGGCCUCUGGAGGCGCAGGGCAAGGAGACGGAGGCUCCGCCUACUGCCUCGCCUCCGGACGCCACUCCUUCUCAGGCUACUCGGACGGCUUUGUGAGCCCAGGGGGGCCGACGAAUCCCAUGAACUCUGCGAUAGGAAAUGGGCUCUCCUCACAGGUGAUGGGUCUGCUGAACCCAGGCGGCGUGCCGCACCAGCCCCAAAGCGACUACGCCAUCUCCCCUCUGACCGGGGGCCUGGAGUCGCCCGCCGCCAUGGCCGCCAGCUGCAGCCAGCGAAUGGACCACAUCAAAGGCCUGGAGGGUCUCUCCAGCGUCCCGUCCAUGUCGGCGCUGCCCUCGCUGCCCAGCUCCCAGUCCUACUGCACCCCGUCCUACAGCUCAGCGGGCUACAGCGUGGACCACGUGGCGUCCUACCAGUACGGCCAGUACGGACAAAGUAAGGUCAAUAAUCACCCCCCCUUUUUCCAACUGCCUCCAUCUGUUUACAUCCAGGAAAGAAGCUUGCUAGCUAGCUAGCUUUCAUUAUACAUA